GGGAAGGGGGGGGGAGAAAAACUUGCUUAAAAAAUGUAUUUGUAACAGCGGUUUAAGCUACAAAUGUUUUUAAGUGAUGUUUUGUACAUUGAUAUUCUACAAAGUCUUGUACAGGAAUUCAGAGCUCACUUUUUUAUUUAUUUGUUCAGGUCCUUUGUGAUUUUUCUUCUUCCUCUAAACUGACAUCAGCUUUGUAUUAAAUUGGACUCUGGUGUAGUGUUUUAAUAACUAGCAUGCAUUGUAACAAACUAGGUCUGCCUGUUAAUGCAGAUUUUGGAUGUUUGUUUAAAAAACAAAAAAAAUUUAAACAAAAAAAGAGAAACCGGCGCUUCACCUUGAAAGGGACCUUUCCCCCCCCUGUCCAGUGUUUGGAUUAGAGAUGAAAAUAUUUAAAAACAUCUGCUUUGUACAUUUAUCCCCCCAAGCAAGAACUACCUUGUACAGUAAUGCACUGUUAAUUAAAAUGUGUUUAUUGCACUGCUGUAGUCAUGUAAUAAUUUUAGUUCUGAUAGUUCCUGGGUUGUUUGUUUUUUCUUCUUGAUGUUACGGUCAUUUGUGCUGUUUUCAAAUCAGUAGUGGCCACUAGAGGGAGCUAAUGCGCCUUCAUAUCUUCUUUUAUUUUAUUUCUACAUUUACCCUAAAAUAAAGUUACCAAUUUACGCUUUUUGCUAAAGAUGGAUGCUCCCAGCCCACUUUGAUAGGUACAUCUGAUUAACUACUCAUUAAUGCAACUAUCUAAUCAUACAAUCACGUGUCAGCGUCCCACUACAUUCGGGCAUGAACACAUGGUCUACGUGGCCUAUUGAAGUUCAAAGUGAAUGUCAUCAAGAUGAUUCUAAGUGACUCUGAAUGUGGUGUGGUUGUUGGGGCCAGGCGAGUUUUUUUAGAAACUGCAGAUGUGCUGGGAUUCCCCCCCAACACAACCACCUUUAGCGUUUACACGGAAUACAGCAAAAAAGAGGAAAUGUCAAAUUAGCAGGAAAAAACACUUGUUGAUGCAGUAACUCGUUUAGCACUUGUUACAACCAAGAUAUGCAGAAGAGUAUCUUUAGUAGAGGCGAAAUGUUAAAGCAGAUGGGAACAAGAGCAGAAACCCACAUCAUUUCUCCUCUCUUGCUCUGAUGAUUCUUAAUUUCUGCUGCAAAAUUUGUGUGGUGGGGUCAGAAUCUCAUGUAAGCAAGAAAUCCUGCUUUCUAUUUAUGUUCAGGCUGCUCGUGAUGGUUAAGUGUAUACUUUGAGCCCCAACUGAGCAUCAUUUAAACUCCACAUCCUACCCGUGCGUUCUUUCUGACCAUGUCCAUCUCUUAAUGACCAAAGUGUACCCAUUUUCGACAUUAUCCUGAUUUUAGUGGAAUAACCUGUAGGAUGUUGAGCUUAAAUAGUCUCAAACCAAUUUCCUGAAAAUGACAAUGAGUUUGCAAUUCUCUGAUGGCCUCGGCAGUCACCAGACCUCAAUCUAAUAAGGCAUAUUUGGAAUGUGGUGGAGAUUCAUAUCAUGGACGUGCAGCUGACAGUGAAGGUGUGAUCAAUAAGGACCCAAAUGUCUGAGUAAUGUUUUUGAAUCUAUGCCAUGAAGGAUUAGGACAUGGCAAAAAGAGCUUCAGCCCAGUAUGAGCAAGAUGCACCUAAUAAAGUGUGCGUGUAGAUACUAGUGUGCAAAGUCUCAUUUUUAUGAUCUUUCUAGUGUGUUUUUCAGUGAGUCAAAAGCAGGUAUGUCAUUUACCGACCACCCAUGAUACCUCCCAACACAUCUAAUUUCCUGGCUAAACCCAGCAGGUGGAUAAGGUAGACCACUGUUUACACUACCGAGGAGUAUUGUGUGGGCUUACAAGAGUAUUAAGACUUGGCAAACACAGGCCUAAAAAACACAGACUUAAAAAAGAAUCUGUGAAGAUAUACAGUUGCGUCAUCAGUUUCUCGUUGGAAGAAAAUAUCUUUCAAAUAUUGCAGAUGGAAAUUUAAGCAGUUAAUAGGCCUCUAAACUUUUCUGCUUAACACCCGACGUCAGAUUGUAAUAAGAAAUGCACGUCAAACACAGGAGGAUGAUAACUUUGGGAUUCAGUUUGGGCGGAAAGAAAGUCACUGCGGUAACUUCCUCUCUUCCCUUCUUCUCCCGAAUAUUACCACAGCAUGAGUUUACAAAAAUGUCAAGGUUACGCAACACUAAUCGAGGUGUGGCUGAAAAAUCAGGAGGCUGUUCCUGCUUUGUCUUGCGUGAGACCAGGAGCGUUAUUUAAUAACCAUGCCUUCUUAUCAUUUGAAAGUCAUACGAUAACAGACCACGUGCUUGCAUUCUGAUGGGUUUAUGGGUUGUUGAUUGUUAGGACCGGUAUCUUGUAUUGUGAUAGGUGAAGAAAUGUCCGCUUAUACACUUUGAUCUAUUAACUCAUCUUCUACACAUUGAAGAAAUCUUCUGUUCAAGUUUUAGCAUUCACUCUCUCCUAGUUUUCCUGAAAGUAAAAAUGGGUCUGGAGACUUAUGGGUUAAUUUCAUAUAAAGCCUCAUUUUAAAUUAUUGCUAGGGGGCGCAAAUAUACACUAACUGCAGUAAUCACAUUAACUACGUGUAGAUUACUUGAAGUGUGCCUCUGUAAAGUCAGCGCUCACUUGCAUUGAACAUGCUCGCUGACAGUGGUUUUAUUUUGAAAACCUCGCUUGUUUGUGCCGCGUGAUUUCUCGCGAGCUUCACACCGGUGAGCGCCUCUGAAAGUGAUGAAAAAAACUCUGGCCACUGCCACCGGACACCAGAGGAUCCUGUGUGCGCGCAGGUAUGUAAAAUUAAUCUUGCUGACGCUUGCUUCUGUUUUACUCUGUUGGGCGAAACUUCUGAGAUAAUUUCAAACUUCAGUGGAAACUUAAUGGGAGAUAAGUUCUCGAGGUUAUACUCGUUUGAUUUAGGAAGUAGCUUUGGAAGUUCACGAAUUACCUGCGCUGUUAAAUGAAGACAACGCCACAAGAAACGCCACUUUUACCUCAAAUUUAACACAAGCAGCGAUGUUAAGAAGAAAUUAGCCAGACAGAAGUCUGCUGCAAUGAUUUGUAUUUGGUUACCUGUGUGUGCACAAAUGCGCACAGCUCACAUCACAAAUUAACAGGCUAUUUAUCUCGUCUUGAUGCAGUAGUAUUGUUAUAAAACAGUGGAGCUUCUGUCCUUCUUUCUCUGUUUAUCUAUUAAGGUGGGCUUCAGGACACAAAAUUGUUUCCAUUCUUUCCAGAGAGAGAGAGACUCUCUUUGUUGUCAGACUAGUUCAUCCUGUUUGAAUCCCCCUUUGAGCGCAGGAGGAGCGUCCAUUCAUUCAAGGUCAAUAAACAGCCAAAGCUCAUGUGUGUUCUUUGUGUCAUGUAACUUUAAAACCUUUGACAAGAUUUUCUCUGGAGACUUCUCUGCAUUGAAAGCCUGUUCCAGCUUCAUUGCUCAAAUCCACUCGUUCCUUUCCUUUCGUCUCCUUUCAUCAGUGUGGAGCAGCAGCCAGGAUGAUCCCAGUGGGUGAAUUCAGAUCCCUCGGCACAGAGCCCAGCUCGAAGUAUAGGGUCCUGAAGCCAUGGUGGGAUGUUUUCACAGAGUAUCUGUGCAUUGCUAUGCUCAUGAUUGGAGUCUUUGGAUGCACUUUGCAGCUCACCCAAGACAAGAUUGCAUGCCUGCCAAGCCACUUCACCAGUCCAACACCAAAAGCAAUUGACUGCAGCAACAUCAGCAGUUAUGGGGACAAUGAGAAGUUGCAGAACACACUGGUGACCCCGGCGAGCCCCAUCAUAGUGGAGGUGUUUGGGCGGAAGAACAAUCUGGACAUUCAUCAAUACGUGUUCGUCAACAACUAUUGCUAUGAGAGGUCUGUUCACUGGUAUGCAAAGUACUUUCCGUACCUCGUGGUUAUCCACACCAUAAUCUUCAUGGUAACAAGCAGCUUCUGGUUCAAGUUUCCUGGGACAUCUUCUAAAAUUGAUCUCUUUGUCAGCAUUCUUGACAAGUGCUUUGACUCACCCUGGACCACAAGAGCCCUGAGUGAAGUUUCUGAGGAAAGAGGCGAGGAGAAGCUAGUCAACUGGAGGAGGAACACUAUGACUAAAGGCUCCACAGAAGGACAAAUCGAUGAGGAGGAGACUGUGGGCCUUCUUCGCUCCUGCUCUGUUAAGUCUAAUCAAGAAAAGAAAAGUGCAGAACCGAAGUCUACCCUCUCUUUGUUGGAUAAGAAAGAAGGAGAGCAAGCCAAAGCUCUAUUUGAAAAGGUGAAGAAGCUCCGAACUCAUGUGGAGGAAAAAGACAUUUUGUACCACAUGUACGUUCUGCAAACGUCAGUAAAGGUCAUCCAUUUUCUUUUGAUUAUUAUUUACACCGCAUUGCUGGUACCUAACAUUGAGAUAGUUGUGCAGUGUUUGGUUCCGCCUGAGCUGACUGGUUUUGAUAUCUAUUGCUGUAACCACAACAAAGCACAUCUUUUCUCCAAGCUUGCCUACUGCUAUAUCUGCUUUGUGGCCGUAUUUGGACUUCUGCGUAUCUAUACCCUCUACUGGCUUUUCCAUCGACCUCUAAAGGAGUACUACUUUGAGCAGGUCAGACUGGAGACCGGAAUUAAUGACAUACCUGAUGUGAAGAAUGAUUUUGCCUUCCUCCUGCAUCUUGUGGACCAAUAUGAUGCUCUUUAUUCUAAAAGGUUUGCUGUCUUUCUUUCCGAAGUCAGCGAGAGCCGCCUCCAUCAGCUUAAUCUAAACUACGAGUGGACUGACAAAAAGUUGCGCACGCGUCUAGCCAGGAACACCAGAAACCGUCUAGAGCUACACCUGUUAAUGUUACCAGGGCUUCCAGAAACCGUUUUUGAAAUUCCCGAACUGGAAUCACUCAAACUCGAGCAGAUGAAGAAUGUCACCAUACCGGCUAGUAUAGCAAAGCUAGAGUCUCUCCAGGAGUUAUCAAUGGUCUACUGCCCCGCAAAGCUCCAAGUUGCUGCCCUAAACCACCUGAGAGAACAUUUAAAGAUUCUAUAUCUAACCUUUGAGCAUUUAGAAGAGGUUCCUGUGUGGACGUACACCUUACACUGCCUGGAAGAGCUCCACCUGGAAGGUCCUUUAACCAACGAGGUGUCCAAAAGUCCCAUUCUGGAUUCCUUUAAAGAGCUUAGAGCUUUGAGGGUCCUCACUUUUCGCUCCAAACUUACAAAGAUCCCCUCCAGCAUAGGAGAUGUUGCGUUCCAGUUGCAGCGCUUGCAUAUCUACAAUGAAAGUGUCAGGGUCCAGGCUUUAAGCAUCCUGAAGAAGUUAACCAACUUAGUUUCACUGGAAUUAGUGGGCUGUGAGUUGGAGCGCAUCCCAAGUGCUGUCUUCAGCCUGAGCAAUCUGCAGGAGCUGGACCUGAAGGAAAACAAACUCACUACUGUGGAGGAGAUCCUGAGCUUACAGCACUGCAGGCAUUUAGUGACACUUCGGCUAUGGCACAAUAAAAUCUCAUACAUCCCUGAACAUAUAUCUAAGCUGCAUACCUUGGAGACACUGGACAUUAGCUGGAACAAGCUAGGAAAGCUUCCCUCUCGGCUCUUCUACUGCACCAAACUCCGGCACCUCGACAUUUCUCACAAUCAACUCACUUCGCUCCCUUCUGAAGUGAACAUCCUGCAGAGCCUGCAGUUCUUCUCCGCAGCUUUCAACUCCUUAGAGACAGUGCCAGAAGAGCUGUUCUCCUGUAAAAGGCUAAAAACGCUGAUUCUUGGUAACAACCGCCUUUCACACCUCAGCUCAAAAGUAGCCAACCUUGCCCAGCUGGUCCGGCUGGAUAUUAAAGGAAACCGUCUGGAGUACUUACCUCAGGAGAUAGGGGACUGUCCCCUGCUGAGUGGGCUGAUAGUAGAAGAUAACCUGCUGGAUCAACUGCCAUCAGAUGUAAGAAGCAAGUUAAAUAAAAGCUGAGUGUGUGGAGCUAAGGUUCGUCACAUACUUGUGUUUUCUAAUUAAAGAGUGGUGGGUGAGCUUGAAAAAACAUUUUUGAUCCAAAUAUUUUUCAGAGAGAAGCAAAAGGAAAACCCAAACCACAGCUGACCACUAAAAGAGAACCAGUAACUCUAAAGCUGAAGACUUUCAUAGGACUGACCUAAAGAGGUGCUUGUGAGAACACAAAGGUCUAACACAGUUGGAUCAGACGGUCUUUAAUCUACCAGGUGCCUAGCACAAAGUCCAUGUGAUGUCAAAUUGUGCCAUAUGCAAACCGCAAACUGCAUUAAGUGGACAUCAUGAAGGCUGCCUCCCGCACGCUUUCUCCAGGCAGCUUAAACCACACUGUGUAUUUCUAGUAGGGAAAACACAUCUGUGGACAAGUGUGGAAAUCCUAAUUGUCCCAGUUUUGCAUAUCCAUUAAAAAAAGAUUUAAAGACUCUAUUUAAAAGCAGUCAUAACGAAAUGAUUCAUAUUUUUUGAUUUUCACAUUUUGAAAAUGUUUUUUAUGUGUUGUCCUGAAAAUAGCAUCUUUUUUAUUAAGUUAAAAUGUGUAAAAACACAUCUACAUUUAAUUUUUACAAAACUUGAUUUUUACUUCAGUAGAUGACACAGAAAUGUAAAGUGGAACAAAAAAGUGUUGUAAUUCAAGAUCAGAUUAAUACUGUAUGUGGGGAUGAAAUAAGAGCUAUAAGUACUUUACAGAAAUAAAACAGUGAACAAGCCUUAACCUUCAAAUGUUUUGGGACUGCACUUCCGUUUGUUUACUAAAGACCUUUGAACUGUAUCCUGCUUGACGGGUUUACACAGCGUGAAUAUGCAUUUCUUACAGUGUGGUGGUUCAUGUCGCUCCGUUUCAGUUCCAAAACACGUGGAGGGCGAAAAAGCCUUUCAGUAGCUGGAUAAAAGGUGUUCAUAUCUCUGUUUACACAUUCAGUCAAAUGGAGAAGUGAGUGAACUCAUACUGGGGUGGUAUGAGGUAUAUAAGGUAAAGGUUCACUCUCUACAACAAUGACUGUGCAUGAUGUGAGUGCCAGUGGUAAUGGCUGCUGUUUCCACUAAUGUUUCAGCAUAAUACAGGUGAUAAUUGGAGGUGAUGUCCAGGCAGCAGAAUUUUAAAAAGCUGUGGCACGUAACAUGCAACUAUGGAAACUUGCUAACUUGGAUGACUAGGCUGAUCUGUUUAAAUGCUUUAAACUGGAUAUAUUUUUACUUCAAAUCUUGUUUUUCUUUCUUUUUAAAAAAUUUCAAACAUCCUUUAUGCAAAACUUUAGAUGAAUGGAUUCUGCACUUUUCCUUCACCAUUGUUUCCUCCAUUCACAUCUCAUGUUCAGACGCACAUAAAACCGGUGCUUCCUGGAAACAGCUUCCACUGCUCAAACGAACUGCAGUCGGUCAUGUUCUGGCUUGUGUGACUUCUUAAUAUGUUCGUGUCGAUCAGCACACUCACUUGCCCUUGAUUCAAGGAUUACUGUGUGUGCUAUUUUCUGUCACAUUAAGGAAUUGAGAUGUUUUAGGGAGAAUUUAGCACUUAUGUUAUGAAGGGAAAUAAGUUGCACAGUAGUGGUCACUACAGUGGACAGCUAUUCAAAGGCUGUUUUCUUGUAUUUGUGUCAGUGUUGAUGGUAUACACAUAAACCACUACAUUGGACAAUGAUGUGUCAGUCCAUACACAUCUGUUGUCCGCCUAAGUGGACAUGUAAAAAACUCUUUGAAAAGUACAUGUUUAAAAGAUUGAAGUUCAAAAAUCUUUUUUUUCAUGCCUAAAGAUGAAUAGAAAUACUUAAGAAAAAAAAUUCUGAAUGAUGAUUUUCAUAAUUCAUUCAUGAAAGGGUUAAGUCUCAGUUAAAGUUGCAGUCAAGUAGCAGUCUAAAUGUGACUAAUAAUUGACUGGAAAAAAUAGCAAUACAAUGUCUCCAAGACGGUUGUUGCUUUGGGUUGUGAGGAGUGUGCAGAGAGCCGCCGGUUGGGCUUGGUGUUUACUUUUGUAAAAUCGGAUUAUUGGGUGUCUCAGCUAUGUGUGUUUCUGGUAAAGGUUCACAUUCAGUUCCUGCAGGCUGUGAUUUCGUGCAGCUUGAUGAAGUGAGAAGCACAGCAGAGCGUGUAACAGCUUCCAGUGACUCAUCGUUUGGAAUCUCACCAAAUGCCAAAGGCCAAACAAUAACAGUUUCAAAUGAAAAAAAAUGAAGGAAGCACUUGAUUUGCAGUUCUCUACAUCUUACAGUCUAGUAAAAAUUGCACACAUGGGAAGCUCCUCCUUUCAUGAGCACGAGAGCAUUUUUUAAAUAUGAAACUAAUCCCUAAAUCCUUUUAAGCUCUAUUACAUUUCGUAAAUGAAAGAGAUUAGAGAUCUGAAACCAACUAAUAAUCUUAAUUACUGAUUAUUUGACAUAUUAUUCUAAUAAACAGUUUGGUCUAGAUCUGAAUAAAGCGGUGUUACAAAACCAAAGUGCUCCAGUUCAUUUCACCAAAUAUCUUGUUUUGUUGGACCAAAAUUCUAAAAUGCAAAGAGUAAAUUCAGAUGUUUGAUGUUUUAAACAAAUGAUCAAACUGCUAGUUAAUUAUGCAGAUUUAUUUUCUUGGCAACAUAAUCACCACAGCUGUAACAGAGGUCAGGGGCAGUCGUUUGGUAUCGAUUCAAUACCAAGUAAAACCCAAGUAAAACACGACAGUCAGCACAAAAAAGAUUCAUUUUUCACAGUGCAUGUUUGAGGUAUAUUGAUUUAAAACAAUUCAGUGGGCAAAUCGCAAAUAUCGAUCCGAUAAAAAUACCAGUGUUGGUAUUGAUACUGUUGAAAUUUGGAUUGAUCUGCCCACCUUUAGUGAAGGGCAUUUGUGGAGAAGUGGUUUAUGAAUCCGUGAAGCUGUGUCACCCCUAAUGUCUGUAACCCCUCACUGCUCCUCUCCGCUCUUUAAUCAAAAUCAGAGAAACUUUAUUAAUCCCAGAGGAAAAUUGAGUAUACAUACAACUGCAUGAAAUGAAGUGUAGAAACAGAGACCGUUCCCCAUCUGCUCCAGUCUGCAUACCAAAUAUCCUUUGGCAAGAUACUUACCCCGAUGCAUCCACUGUGCAUGUAUUUAGAUAUAAAUAGAUAUUAACAGACAUAUAAAUAUAAUAUAAAAAGACACAAGUAUUAACAAUAAAUACACUUUAAUCCAAGCAAAAUAGAAAAACAAGAAGUGUGAAAUCUUAGUUAUUACGUUAGUUCGGUCAGACAUUUGGAUAGUUUUCCUUGUGUCAUCUUAAUUUACACACAUCUGCGUGUGACUGCACCAGUACGCUGAUUCAGGGUUUUCUUGUUUACUCCCACUAUUGUUACUGCUGCUUGUAAACCUGCAUAUUUCUCCCAAUCUGUGGAUUAACCCAGCCACAUUCAGGAAGUGCUUGAAUGUAACAGCCACCCACCCAGUCAGUGAAGUCGCUGAGCUCUACCUAGUGGCUGGGCUGUAUAUUUAACCAUCCUGGUUUUGUAACUGAUUUAUAUGUUAGGGUGAGAAAAUAUACUUAAAUAUCUAUUACACAAUUUAAGGGCGUGGUGACGAAGCAGACCUCUGAGCGGAAAGUUGCUAAACUAUCUGGGAAAAUAUGGGUGGGGAAAGACAGCAUUUUGAGCAGAAUUGCUCCAGUAGACUUUACUCAAACAUCAGAGUCUGAGUCUGGAUUAGCGCUGCUGAAUAAACAUCACAUUCAUUUAAUGUUAAAAUAUUCCUUGAAGAUGAAAAGAUCAGCAUUUAAAAGUAGGCAGAUAUUAUCAGCUGUUCUAAAGCACAGCACUUGGUUUGUUUUUUAUUUCAUUCAAAUGGAAAUUUGUGUGUUUUCUAUUGAAAAAAUUUUGAUUUGUGUGAUCGUUCUGUGACAUCAUAGAUGUCUGCAUAGUGAGCUGUGAGCGCAGCAGUUGAACUGUAUCUCCUUUCUUGGCAAGUAAAGUUGGCCAGCAGCACACAAGCAAACAAAAUGCCCAUUGUACCACGAGAGCCCCGAGCACAAACAUCAGCAAACUGUGCCACUGUUACCUACAAGCUCCAACAAAACAGGGCUCUCAUUCAUUUCUACUUCAGUUCAGCUAUCUUUGUGACCUUUGUGAGACUUUUCACCGCGCUGUACAUUCCAGCGUGGAGUUAUUGCAAAUGCCCUUGGUGGAUCACCAUAAGGACGUCUGAGCGGUUAAGACUGCAUGAAAAGAUGCAAAGAAAAGCACACAAUGAUUGAUUAAAUUCCUCUUUCAGUUGUGUUAAUCUAUUUUGUUUUGGGGGUUUUUGGAGGAUUUUUAAAAACAUGAGAAGCAUCGGGAGUCACGGACAGAGCCGGGAAUUUUGAGAUAGUGAAGAAAAGAUUAUCUGUGGACUCUUAUGUUCCAGCGACAAGUAGGUGGUGUGGUGAUGCAGCGGUUAGCAGUUUUGGCUCACAGGAGAAAAAACAAACAAACUUCUGCACGUGAACCUUCCUGAGGCCUGAUGCGUAGUUUGCAUGUUUUUUCUGUGCCUGUGUGGGUUUUCCCCCGGCGCUCCAGUUUUCUUCUACAGUCCGAAAACACACAUAUCUUGGUGAUUAUAACUGUUGAUUUUAAGUUCAUGUGGAUGUGCAAUAGAUAAUAAAUAAUAA